UUGCCUAUCAAAACACAAUGAAACUUCUCCAAUUGCUGCUGAGCCUUUGCUUGGCUUUCCUGCUGUGCGCUGCACCGCUGAUCCAGGCACAAACGGUGCCACCCAUUCCGACAGCGGCGCCAACACCCCCCAAUGGCCAGGGUGCACCAGUCUCACCUGGUGGGGUUCCACCGCCACCCGAUGUAGAUACCACUGUGUUGACACCCACUAUCGAGACUGAGUACCCAAAUUACGCUGGAUAA